UUUCAGUCCCGAAUUGUUUGAGUGGAGUCGGAGUCGCGUAUAAUGUGGAAUUUGCAAAUGAAGUGAAAAUGUUUACGGGCACGAUAAAAAUAAAAGUGUGUGAGGCAUGUGGUCUACGGCCGACGGAUUUCCAGACGCGACACUUGAUGUCCUUUGGGAAUAAGGAAGUGGAGAAAAUCGACGCUUAUGUCUCCAUAGAUGUUGAUGAAAAUCACUUAGACCACUCAACCACCAAACCCAAGACGUUCGAUCCCGUGUGGAACGAGUACUUCGUCCACGAGGUGCACAACGCCAAGAAUCUCAGCUUGACAGUAUUUCACGAUGCAGCUAUUCCGCCAGACGACUUCGUGGCCAACUGCAACAUCCCAUUCGAGGACCUGACCCACAGGGAGAAGGAUCAGACGGACUUUUGGGUCGAUCUCGAGCCGCAGGGCAAGAUUCACGUGACAAUUGAUCUAGUAUGGCACGGUAAGAUCCAAGAUGCAAAUGCUCACACACUUUCCACGGCUAAUCCAUCAUCUCUCUCUCUCUCGGCAGAUCAAAACAACUCGCAGAGCGGAGCUGCGCCCGUAGCCGCGGUGGCCGGAGGUCGGGAGUUCAAGGAGCGCGCGGGCUUCAAUCGACGACGCGGGGCCAUGCGAAGGCGUGUCCACCAAGUCAAUGGACACAAAUUCAUGGCAACAUUCUUGAGACAGCCAACAUUUUGUUCGCAUUGCCGAGAGUUCAUUUGGGGACUCGGUAAACAAGGCUAUCAAUGUCAAGUUUGUACUUGUGUGGUUCACAAAAGAUGUCAUCGAUCUGUUGUCACAAAAUGCCCAGGGAUGAAGGAGGAGGGAAAGCAGGAGCUGCCGCACGGCACCGGACAGCGCUUCAACGUGAACAUCCCACAUCGCUUUGUCGUGCACAACUACAAGCGGUUCACAUUCUGCGACCACUGCGGCUCGCUGCUGUAUGGGCUGAUCAAGCAGGGGCUGCAGUGCGAGGUGUGCAGCAUGAAUGUGCACAAGAGGUGCCAGAAGAAUGUGGCGAACAAUUGUGGCAUCAACACGAAACAGAUGGCGGAGAUUCUCAAUGAGAUGGGUAUUUCGCCAGACAAGCAGGCGCCGCCGCGGCGGUCCAAGUAUCUCAAUCAGGCGCCCGGCGAGAGCUCAACAGCCAGCGAGAGGUCGUACGACAGUGGCGUGCACUCGGAGACGUACUCGGACAAGGCGAGCCUGGAGGAUGCCAAGGCGAAGGAGGCGUACCAGCACUCGGAUCACAGUCACGAUGCCGGAGGCAAGAUGGGCCUCAAUGACUUCAAUUUCAUCAAGGUGCUGGGUAAGGGCAGCUUCGGCAAGGUGAUGCUGGCGGAGAAGAAGGGCACGGACGAGGUGUAUGCCGUGAAGGUGCUGAAGAAGGAUGCCAUCAUUCAGGAUGACGACGUGGACUGCACAAUGACGGAGAAGCGCAUCCUGGCGCUGGCGGCGAAGCAUCCCUUCCUCACGGCCCUGCAUUCCUGCUUUCAGACGCCCGAUCGCCUGUUCUUCGUCAUGGAGUACGUGAAUGGUGGUGAUCUGAUGUUCCAGAUUCAGCGAGCGCGCAAGUUCGACGAGGGUCGCGCCGCCUUCUAUGCCGCCGAGGUGACACUGGCAUUGCAAUUCCUCCACCGUCACGGUGUCAUCUAUCGUGAUCUGAAGCUGGACAACAUUCUACUGGACCAGGAGGGCCACUGCAAGCUGGCGGACUUUGGCAUGUGCAAGGAGGGCAUCCUGGACGGCGUGCUGACGUCCACCUUCUGCGGCACGCCGGACUACAUUGCGCCGGAGAUCCUGCAGGAGCUGGAGUAUGGGCCGUCGGUGGACUGGUGGGCCCUUGGCGUGCUGAUGUACGAGAUGAUGGCUGGACAACCACCGUUCGAAGCUGAUAACGAAGACGAUCUGUUCGAAUCAAUUCUCCACGAUGAUGUUUUGUAUCCCGUCUGGUUAUCACGUGAGGCGGUGUCAAUCUUAAAGGGUUUUAUGACGAAAAACCCUGCGAGACGCUUGGGAUGCACAGGAAAUGAGAAUCAAAUAAAAAGUCAUGCAUUUUUCAAGGAUCUUGAUUGGGAUGCGUUGGAAGUGCGAAAAGUGAGACCCCCCUUCAGGCCUAAAAUUAGAAGUCCACGGGACGCAUUAAAUUUCGAUGCCGAAUUUACCAAAGAGGAACCUGUUCUGACACCUGUUCCAGUAGAUACAAUUCGUUGCAUAAAUCAAGAUGAAUUUGCUGGUUUCUCAUUCGUCAAUGCGGAUUUUGGUCCAGAACGAAGAGUUUGCUAAAUCAAAUUCACUAAAUCAAUUGGUUUUUGUUUAGUUUUUAAACAUAUUUUAAAGGAGGAAAAGAAAAGAAAGUGAAUCUUUUAAUUAUUAAAUGUAUGUUGACGUGCGAGUAAUGUCAUAUUAAGUCGUCCUCUUACCACUGUUAAAAUUUAUUUAAAAGUUAUAUGCCAUGAAUAGGUAAAAAGAAGAAAGGGAGUAAGAAUUUCGGAAAUUUCAUGUGAAUUCAUUUUAUAUCCUUAUUGAUUGAGAGAGGAUUCAGUGAAACGAUACAUAUUUUAUUGUGAAUGUCGUCUUUUUGUCGGGAAAGAGGAUGAUGUCAUUUGUUUUUUUUUUUUUUGGUUUUAUCUCCACUAACUAAAGUGAAAAAGAAACACAUUUUUUGAAGAAAAAGAAAUCAACAAAAUAUAAGCAAUUAGAUUAGAGGAAAAAAAACACAAGAGACAGUGAGAAGUAAAACAAAAAAAAAUAUUGAUAGAGAAAAUAUUGAGGAAUGAAGAGGAGUAAUAGGAAAUAUUUAAGGAAAAGAGAUAAAUAGGAAAUUAUUAAGGAGGAAAAUGAAUGUAGAGAUCAAAGAGAAGUAUCCUUUAUCAGAAAUUGCAUGGUGUUUUUUGAUAAAGGACACAAUCUCGUCUGCAGAACGUGGGAAAAUGAUGAUGAUUGAUUUGUUUUUAUUGUUUGUGGUGUUUUGGUAAAUGUAACUUCACUAAUUACUGAGACAACCCGAAGAUAAAAUUCUGUGACGUGGCCAAAUAUCAUUUCCAAAAUUAUAUAGUUUCACUAUAAAGAUGAGAAGCAUAAAAGUACACAUUUUAUUCAGAGAAUAAUUUCACUUUUAUGCAUGGCGUUGAGUUGUUUUGACAAAUUGUCUGUAAAUUGUUAGCGAAGAAGAACUACAAUUUUCACGCGUUACACAUUAAAUAGUCUCAGAUUUCACUCAAACACUCAAGUUAAAAUCCUCACACUAUUCUUUGAGACCUGCAGAAAAUGUGAAUCUAUGCUUGAUUUUCCUUAUAAAUUUACAAAUGGAUUUACUGUCCUUUGGAAGUUGUCACAGAAGAAAAAAAACUCAAAUCAUUUCCGAUUUUUCGUUAUAUAAAUAUUGGAAUUCCCACAAUUGAGAUUUUGAAAGAACAAAAAGAAGAAAACUUUAACUAUAUAUUUGAUAUAUUUAUUGUCUAUUACUUCAAUCGAAUUUUUUGAGUGGUCUUGAGAGAGCAAAAAUCUCAUACAUUAGCUUACUAUUCCGAGCUGCUGAAGGUGUUUUAGAGGAGGAAGAGGAAGAUGAAGGAAGAAGUACAAAAACAAUGAUUUCCUUUGGAUUUUAGCAUAAAAUGCACAUCACCGACUACUUCUACUUCGUUUGGUGGCUAUUUUUCAAGAGAAAUGAGGAUCAAAGAGAUGCAACAUCUCGACAUAACACAAGAUUUUGCUUUAUUUUUCAAAGGUUCUCCCUGUGCUAUUUGUGCAAUAGGCGAGGAAUCUUUCUCAGUAUACGCUUCUAUCGCACUUGAUGAAAUAUUUAUUGAUUAAGUAUUUUCUGUUGUUGCGCUCAUAUUGAUAAUAUUUUAUUUUCUAGUCACUAUAUUUGUAGUUAAAGAGAAUUGUUGUAUAUUUUUGUUUUUUUUACAUAGGCUGUAAUUGUAUUUUAAUCAUGGAUUUAUGCUUUACAAUGAAUGAAGGAAGGAAGAUUUCAAUUUGUGAAAAUGCUUCUAUUGCAUAUCGAUUUGUUCAGGUUGUUAUUUGGUUUUCUUUUAGUAUUAUUAUUAUUAUUAUCAUUAUUAUUAUUAUUGAGAUCUUAUCUUUUGUGCUCAAUAGUAGUGAAAUUUGUCUCAGCAAAUAAUCAUGUUUGUGUUUUUUUUUGGGGUAAAGAAACUGAUGACAGACACAGAAGAAGAAGAAAAAAAACCCAUUAAAUGGAGAAAAAAGUAAGGAUUGUGAGAAAAUUAUUACUUUCUAGUAUUAAUGAUUUUUAAACUGAAUGAUCUGUUAUUGUAAUCUCUGUGCCAAUGAAUUAUGAGAUGGUUUUGAGUUCUUUUUUUCGAAUAAUAUAUCUAUAUAUAUGAGAAUCCCUUUUUAUAUGAGAUUAAAAAAGAAAGAUGAAUAUUUACAAGUAAACUUUAAAAAAAGAGAAGAUGGAAAAAACAAUUAUUGAGCACAAUGUUUUAUCUUAUAUUCAACUUGUUAUAAAGUAUGAAAUCCAAUUACAUGAAAGAUGAGGAAAAAAAGAGGAUAAAUAUUUAUAAAUGUAGCAUUAAAACAUAGUAUUUUAUAUAGUGAGCAGAAGAUAGAAAUGCAAGAGGAAAAUAUGAGAAAUUGAAUAUUGUGUUGAAAAAAAAAGGGAAAAAAAACUCUUUGGAUUCUAUCAAUGAUCAUUUUAUUGAAGAAUACUAUGGAAGCAGUGUGAAAAAAGAAUUAUUUUAUAGAAUUGUUUCUUACCUAUCUACUGAGGAGAGAACCUAUUUGUAAAUCAUAGUAUUUCAUAUGAAAUAGAAGGGAAGAAUUGAUCAUUGCAGCAUCACUGGACUCCACAUAAAUAGAGUAUAAAAUAUAAGUAAUAAUCAUAAACAUGAUGGUAACGCGCGAUGACUUUGGCCAUAUAUGCUAGAAGAGAUAAAUCUAUUUUUAUUGUCUAAGGUGCCAGAUAUUAAAGAAGAAGGAAAAAACAUGCUUUUCUAUCUCGAUAGUGAAUUUUGUUGGGCAAUAAUAGUGAAAAAAAUAUCUGAUCAUAUUUUAUCUUUCUUGCUCUGUAAUAUUUAAAACUCAUGCUGUGGAAUUCUUCUCAGUUUUUCUUUCUCCUUAUGAUUAUUCCGAGAUUCACGAUAGAGAAAUGAAAAAAUAUAUAGGAGAAAUUUAAGCAUAGGAAUUCUUAAACAAUAUGAAAUCAUUUUUGUGUAUUGUGAAUCGUUUCUCAUGAAGUCAAAAAAGAAAAAAGAAUAAACAAAACUGUGUUGUCAAUAGUGAUGAAAAUAGAUAAAAAUGAAGAUUAUGGCUAACAUCAAAAUUAUGAGAAGAAGUUGAUUUGGGACAUUAAGAUUAAAAGGAAAAAACCCAUACCUAUAAAUUAAAUAUAAUAUGUAUACAUCAGUGUAAAUGUUUUGCUUCGUGUUGAUGAGAUAUAAUCUGAGGUGUAAUAUUCUAUUCAAAAGAAAAGAAGAUGAGAAAGAAAGUAAGAGAUAUAUUCAUAAAUAUUACAUUAAAAGAAGAAAGGUGUCACUAAAUGCAUUACUACAUUUAAAUAAUAAAUACAACAAAUUUUUAUUGGUCAGUCAAGUGGUAAAAAUUAGCACACGAAGAGAGUUACAUUGGAUUGAAACUACAUUUGCAUAGUGAAAUCAACAAGAUUAUAUAGAUCAACUCCAUUGCCAAGUAUAACUUCAUUACGUAUUGUUGAGUUUGUCACAAUUUCUCAAUAACUAUAACCACUACCAAGAUGCCCAAGUGGGGAAAUGGGAGUCUCUUUGCAGCGACGAAUAUGAUUUUCUCGAAAAGAGAGCCCGAGAAGAGCCGUGCAAAUGUAGUUUCAAGUGCCAAAUAGAGGAGAAAUCACCUCAUUGUAUCCUAUAGUAAAUGAGAUUAAUGAUAAAGUGUUAGAACAGCGCGCAGUGACUUUGGCCAUAUGCUAGUAAAUGAGAUUAACAAAAUUCUCACAACACUUUGCUGAAAGUGUGUUGAGAACCAGAGGAAAAAAAUGAUGAAGAGUCGCACUAUUCAAUUAGAAAGUCAGAACAAGAGAUAAAAAGAGCGCAAUUUCAGAGAAAUAGAAAGCAUAUAAAAUUACCUCUAGACUUAGUAAGAUUAAACAAAAAAAAAAAUGGGAAGAUUUUCAAAUCAAAUUCAUAUUGGAACAUGCAAAAAGAAAUGUGGACAGGAGAAAAUCGUGGUGAUUUUCCGCGUGGAUGAAAUCCAAAUUCGAGAGGUGAAUUUGACGAAAUUUGCUUUCAACUAGCCAAAGAAUGUAAACUAUAAUUAUUAUAAAAGAAAAAAGAACUGUUGAAAUGAUGGGAUUAAUAUUAAUUGUUAGCGUGUGUCUGUGUUAUGGAGAAGAAGAAGAGGAAAAUAUGCAAAAAAUACAAAAGAAAACAUGAGGAAUUGAAAGAGAUUACAGAUGGAUUAUUGCAAAAAAAAUUGUUUGUCAAAUUUAAAAUCAAAGAGAAAUAAGAAAAAAAUAUAGCGAUGAUGAAGAGUAGAUGAUAAAGAAGAAGAAAAAAUAUUAGUGAAGAACAAGUUUAUUUGUAAAUUUAAUGUGUGUGUAAAACAUGAAAAAAACAAGCAGAUCUUGAUAAGGAGAAAUCCUAAACAAUAUUAGUAAAUGUAAGGAAGGAUAAUAUUCAGCAGGGGUCCAUUGAGCAACAAAAUCACGGCGCCCUCGUUCGUGUCACGAACGAGGGCGCGUGAUCUUUUCGGGACAAUUGUGGCACUUUCUCUAACACGGCUGAUUAAACCCCAAAAAAAAAUGAAAUUUAAGAAUGAAGAUUAAAAAUAUCAAUUUUUAAGAUCUUUCCAUAAACUCUAAAUUGUGGCAUUUGGCAUUGAUCUAGAGAGAAGAUAUUUUGUAUUAUUAUUUGUUAUUUAAACACUGUAUUCUCUCAAGAAGGAUCUCAUAUUUCUCCUCACUUUGAUUUUUAUCGUCCAUCUAUUAUGUCCAGAAAGUAUUGUUUAUUGAUAUAUUUUAGUCACAACCUAUUCUAGACUUUAUCAAAUGCUAUCAAUUUGGCAAAGUGCACAAUUGUCCCCAAAGAAAAACACCCAAAAUUCUAGUCCCGCCUUUAGGAAAUUAUAAAUUAAGAGAAACAUAAAAUGGCAGAACAUAUAAAAUAAAGAAAUAGCAAAAAGAGAAAUAACGUACAGUGUAGUAAAUAUUAAGAACUAAACAAUAUACUCCCACCAUAAUGCAGAGAAGAUGAGGAGGAGGAGGAAAAAUAAUAUGAAAUAUUCAAUAAAGGAACAUAGAAAACAGUCGAAAGUAAGAUAACAGAGAAAAUAAUAAACUUAUUACAGCCAGAAGAAGUAAGAUUUUGACCCCUGUUUGUCAGUGUU